GUGGCUGGAUUUUUCAAAAUUUAGCUAUUGCAACGAAUUCCCUUUUUCCUAAAGUUGAGCUGAUUGUCCUUCCGGCAACUAAUGGGUUAAAUGCUACCUUCUAAGUUCAAGGAGAAACAGCCCUGCUCAAAUGCUGUUGCUGGCUCACAAAUGCAGGGCUUCAGGCAAAGACCGACCAAGGGAAGUCAGCGUAUAGGAGACAGUUUUCUCUACGACAAGAGCUGCAACAGCUAUGAAAAACACUUCAGCAGUGAUGGAUUCUUCUGAUAUUCAAAGGAAAAAUAUAGCUGUCAUUGGUGGUGGCUUGGUUGGAUCAUUAAAUGCAUGCUUCCUUGCCAAGAGGAAUUUCCAAGUUAAUGUAUAUGAAGCUAGAGAAGAUAUCCGAGUGACUAAAUCUGCACGUGGAAGAAGCAUUAAUUUGGCCCUUUCUUGUAGAGGACGACAAGCCUUGAAAGCCAUUGGCCUGGAAGAUCAGGUUGUAUCCCGUGGUAUCCCCAUGAGAGCAAGAAUGAUUCACUCUCUUUCAGGAAAAAAGUCUGCUAUUCCCUAUGGGACAAAGUCACAAUAUAUUCUUUCUAUAAGCAGAGAAGAUCUAAACAAGGAUCUACUGACAGCUGUUGAGAAAUACUCCAAUGCAAAAGUGCACUUUGGCCACAGGCUGGUGAAAUGUGAUCCUGAGAAAGGAGUGAUCACAGUGCUUGGACAGGACAAAGUUCCCAAAGAUGUCACCUGUGACCUCAUUGUAGGAUGUGAUGGAGCCUUUUCCACUGUUAGAACUCACCUCAUGAAGAAACCCCGCUUUGAUUACAGUCAACAAUACAUUCCUCAUGGGUACAUGGAGCUGAGUAUUCCACCUAAGAAUGGGGAUUAUGCCAUGGAACCUAAUUAUCUACAUAUUUGGCCUAGAGAUACCUUUAUGAUGAUUGCACUUCCUAACACGAACAAAUCUUUCACGUGUACUUUGUUCAUGCCUUUUGAAGAGUUUGAAAAACUGCUAACUGGUAGUGAUGUGCUGGACUUCUUCCAGAAGUACUUUCCGGAUUCCAUCCCUCUAAUUGGAAAGCAAGCCCUGGUACAAGAUUUCUUUCUGUUGCCCGCCCAGGCCAUGAUAUCUGUUAAGUGCUCUGCUUUUCACUUUAAAUCACACUGUUUGUUGAUGGGAGAUGCUGCCCAUGCCAUAGUGCCCUUUUUUGGGCAAGGAAUGAAUGCGGGCUUUGAAGACUGCUUGGUAUUUGAUGAAUUAAUGGAUAAAUUCAAUAAUGACCUUAGUAUGUGUCUUCCAGAAUUCUCAAGAUUUAGAAUUCCAGAUGACCAUGCAAUUUCAGACCUAUCCAUGUACAAUUACAUAGAGAUGCGAGCACACGUCAAUUCAAGGUGGUUCAUCUUCCAAAAGAACAUAGAGAGAUUUCUUCAUGCUAUUAUGCCAUCUACCUUUAUUCCUCUUUAUACCAUGGUCACCUUUUCCAGAAUAAGAUACCAUGAAGCAGUGCUGCGUUGGCACUGGCAGAAAAAGGUGAUAAAUAGAGGACUUUUUCUCUUUGGAACGCUGAUAGCUGUCAGUUGUACCUACCUACUUAUGCGCUACAGAUCGCCCAGACCCCUGGACUACUUGAGAAGACCAUCAGAGUGGGUCACUUACUUCCAGAAUACAACAUGUUUCCCUGUAAAUUCCUUGGAGUCACUAGAACAAAUUCCUAAUGUCAUUAGCAAGUGAUAAAAAGAUCCUGAAGUAGCAAAUAUUUGAUUUCUCUGAAACCAAAAGAGGAAAAAAUCAUGUUUCCAUUACCAUUUAAUUCACUAAUGGAAGAUAUUUAUCAGCUUAUAAUCAAAUCCAAUGUAGAAUUUCUCUGCAAGUUUAUUGUAAUUAUUGAAAAAAUAACCCAUCACUUUCAGUUGUAAAAUGCAGUUUUCCCACAGCACUAUUGUUAGGUCAGAUCAUUCUAAAUAUAAAAGCACAAUGACUAAGAUCUCUUUCACUUCUCAAAAAGUAAGACCCUAAAGACCUCAAGAAGUCACAAUCAUACUUUUCUUUAAAGCACUUAAUAGAAAUCAUGAUAGGAUUGACUUAACACCUGGGACUAAAAGUCAUAAUUUGCCUAAUGGAUUAGUACUAAUUGUACUUUUCAUCACUUGGAUGAAACUUACUCAAACACAGGGCUCAGAUUUUCUUGCUAAAACUAGAAGUAUAUAAGCAAAGGGGGCUUUCUCAAGAGUUCAAAAUGAAUCAGUUUUAUUUCCCAGUCUUCAAAUGCCAGUAUUACCUUCUGAGGAUUUUUUAAAUUUAUUUUUUAAUUUAAAAAAAUUUGUG